GGUGGAUUUGGUGGAGUAUGCACCUAAACGCUGUCUGAUGGCCGAGAGUUGAAGUCUGAGGGCUCAGCUUGUUUGUGUAUUUGCUGAGUUGACAUACUAAAAGUAAAUAGCAUCAUCCCUUUUCUGGAAUACUGUCAAGCUUGUUUGACCAAAGGUAUUGUGAAUUCUUGACCAUUAUGGAUUUGACACAUGAGGGAAAUAUCCUUGAGGCAAUGGAGUCAACUUGCAAUGACUUGUUUGAACCAUGUGAACCGUGUCACAAGGCUUUACCAGAACUCUCGGGCAUCUCCUCCAUUGCCUCUAUGCAGAGUGAAGUGAUUGAUGGUCCAGAGCAGCAGCAGCUGCGAGUGUAUUUGAGGGUGAGACCGUUCUCUAAAGAGGAGCUGAAUAGUGCUGAGGACCAGGGCUGUAUUGUGCUGGAGGAUUCAGAGACGGCUGUGCUUCAUGCGCCCAAAGGCUCUGCCUCUAUGAAAAACAGUGAAAAAGGCAUCGGCCAAUCAAUGUAUAAGUUCAGCUUCACACAGAUCUUUGCUCCGGGGGUGGGCCAAGCGGAGGUCUUUGAUGGUACUGUUAGGACUCAGGUGCAGGACUUUCUACAAGGGAAAAAUUCAUUGCUAUUCAGUUAUGGAGUAACCAAUGCAGGCAAGACCCACACUAUCCAGGGCUCAGCCAAGGACCCUGGUAUUUUGCCUAGGGCAUUGGAUAUUGUAUUCCAGCACAUCAGUGGUCGUCAGUAUGUUGUCAUGGAUCUGAAGCCCUAUCUCGGAAGCGAUGUUCAGAGGCUUGACUCAGUCCAGCUGAAGAUCGAGAAGCUCAACAAAGCUGCUCUCUUCAGCCUUCUUCGAGAGUCUGAUGCUGAGCCCCAGAAAACUGGCAGGUCUAGAAGCAGCUCUUCAUCAUCUGUCUCUAGUUUGUCUUUUUCCAGCAUCUCGUAUGACCAGACAGAAUCAUCUGCAGAGGAUAUGCAUGUCCAGUUCUGUGUGUGGGUGGCUUUCUAUGAGAUCUAUAAUGAGCAGGUCUAUGACCUUCUGCAGUUAAACAACUCCUCAAAGACCAAGAAGCGCCCUUCUCUACGUGUGUGUGAUGACAGCAAUGGCAAUUCUUAUGUCCGAGAUCUAAGAUGGGUGAAUAUCCAUAAUGCUGAUGAGGCGUGCAGGGUUCUACGCGUUGGGAAUAAGAACCGUAGUGCUGCUUCUACGAAGAUGAACCAGUCUUCCAGCAGAAGCCACAGCAUUUUCACCAUCAAACUCCUGCGGAUUGAUGGAAAUGAUGUCCAAGGAAUAUCUGAGCUCUCUCUGUGUGACCUCGCCGGCUCUGAAAGAUGCAACAAAACCAAGACAUUUGGGGAGCGUCUGAAGGAGGCAGGAAACAUCAACACCUCUCUGCUCAUCCUCGGGAAAUGCAUCGCAGCACUGAGAAGCAAUGGGGUAAAGAGCGGCUACGUCCCGUUCCGGGAGAGCAAGCUGACGCGACUCUUUCAGGGUGUGUUCUGUGGGAGGGGCAGGGCCUCCAUGAUCGUCAACAUCAACCAGUGCGCUUCCACCUACGAUGAGACCCUCAAUGUCAUGAAGUUCUCUGCUGUUGCUCAGCAGGUGGUCCAAGUGAUUCAACCUCGUUCUCUUGAAUCUCUGGCUCCCCGUUUGGUUGGACGGGAUGGCAAACCACUAGUGAAAAAUGGGGUGAUUGACCAGCAGGCUGUGGACAACUACCUGUCUGAAGAAGAGCUGCUGGAUGGGGAUGAUGACGCAGAUAUGUCCAUUCUGCCUCAGGAGGAGUUGCUUGGCAUUAUUGAGAGUCUACGAACCAAGCUGCUUGCUGAACGGAGGAAGAACCUUGUGCAAGAGAUUCAGAUCCGCAAAGAGAUGGGAGAUGCUAUGCUACAACAGCUCAUGGACAGUGAGGAGCAACAUAGUCAGCAGAUGGCGAAGUUGAAGGAGAGUUAUGAGGAGAAGCUGGAGAACACGUUCAAUUUGUACAAGGACGCCCUCAAAGAACAUGCCUACCAGUGUGCUGUGGAGAGAGUAGAGGAGGACUACAUCCCCAUAGAGGAGUACAACACUGCACAGGACCGUGAGAAGGAGCUCAAGACCAGGCUGAGUGAGGUGGAGGAGAAACUGCGUCGUUCUGAAACCAGUUCUAGAGUGGGUUGUAUGUUCUCCCCCCUCCAGGAGAGUUCCACCCAAACCAUGCAUGAAGGGAGCCCUGCGUCAGAUGCGGAUGCUGAGAGAUGUAAACUUAUGUACAAGGAGAAAUGUGCAGUGGAGAAACUGUGCUGUGAAAAACAAGAGCUAAUUGUGACCCUAGAGAGUAGGAUCUGUGAGCUGAAUGACACACUGCAAGAGGCUGGAGAGAGCUACAUGGAAAAGCUUGCUCUGGUUCAAACUUUACAGAACAAACUGGCAUAUCAGGAGAGGGAGACCGAGCGCCUGCAGUGUGAUGUCACAGAGAAGGCAGCAGAGUUGACCUCCCUGCGGGAAGAGUUGGCCAAGCUCUCGCAGGCCCCUGUGGAGCCGUCCAGGCCGCGCCGAGGCCUCCUGGCAAACUUUAAAGAGUCGGUGACAUCGCCGCGCAGUGCAACUCUGUGCCGCACCCUCAAACGCUCCGUCAGGUCUACUGCAUCACUGAAGAAGAAGCCUGUUUGAGCCACUGGUUCACUGCUGUUUUAACUAUUUUAAAUGGACUAUAAAUGCUUAUAUACAUGUUUUUAAUAAAUUGUUGAUCUUAACCUUUA